UUUGCAAAACGACCAAAAACCCCCCCGGCAAAAACCCUCGACCGGCGGCGAUCUCCGACGAUGGAGGCUGCGAACAGGGCGCUGGCCGCUCUCACGAAGGUCGCGAACAACAACGUCGUCAUCGACGUCUGCCUGGUGGGCGCCUUCGCGGCGCUGUGCGCGAGAUCGGUGAACCAGCAGAGGUACAUCGAGUCCCUCGAGGCCGAGAAGGACACGCUCGUCAAGUCGAACAAGGCCACGAAGAAGGCCAUGUGGGAUUGGAAGCAGCAGCUGUUCGCGGAAGCCGUCUCCGAUUCUGCUCUCCUUCCGCUCGACAAGCUCAAGGUCAUCUACGGCGAGGCCCCUGCUCCGCAACCCGGAAAUACAGUGGGAGAAGAUGCAAAAUCCCCUGCCUCCAAGUUUGUCAUCUGAAGUCCUCUUUGCCGGUGUUCUCAUAAGCUGGAAAUGCAGCCGAUCUUGAAUACUGAGAGGUUUCAUUACUCCCUACUCGUCUGACGUAUAAACUGGAGAUUAGGCAUAGAAACAGUGCCUAGUACUUUUGACCAUCCUUGGAUGGACCAAAAAUGUAACUAUCGAUGUACGGAAGGCCCAUCUGCAAUACGAAGGCAGAGUUUUGUUUGUUGAGCCCCGUUUUGGACUUGUCAAAUCAACCAUGUUUUCCCCCAA